AUGAAAGCAGGCGGCGUUCGAACCAACACAUGGUUCCUGCCUACAUCUGCAUGCUUGAGCGCAGUUUCAGUCUUGGCACACAGGCGAGAUCGAAGCCAGCAAAGCAUCGCCAUUGAGCGGGGGGGCAUCCUGGACCCCCAAACCACGCCAGGAAAUCCCUCGCACUGGGCACAGGUGACAACAGGUGUCUGCCUACGUGCCCAUGUGGGGGUAGUUGACUGCUGCCACACUCAUGUCCUAGCUCCUUGUCGCCAACAGGACGACCACAGGAUCUGGCAAAGCGCCCUCUUGACUUCGGAGUUAAAGUCGGCAGUUGAUCCGCUCUUCAAGCGACGCGCGAGAUGGGCGCUACCAUUGGCAGAAAAGGAAGUGCAGGAUGCGUUUCGAAAGGCCACAAAAGGGACUGACGGCGAAGCGGAGAGUGAGGACUCUGGCAAGUGCCGGAAGCCGAUUGAAGGUGAGGACUGUGCGGUCUGCUUCGAGGCCAUGCGCAUGUCCGAAGAGGCUGCAGGUCAGCUUGUUUGUUGCGGGUUCUGCGGAAACAACUUCCACUCAGACUGCAUCAGACGUUGGCAGCUUGCCUCCUCUGGAAAGGCUGCGCAGCAACCUUGUCCACUCUGUCGCCAGCCGUGGCAGCCUGCAAUGCAUGUGCCACCCGGUGGUCGCAUCUUAACGUCGAGGUUAAGGCCAUGCGCCGGAUCUGCAUAUUUGAACCUCAGCCUGCCCAGCACCCACCGCUGA